AUGAAGCUCUCAGUAUCAAAACUCGCCCUCUUGCUUGGCAUUUUCACUUCCUCGGUCCUAUCUGUUUGCCCAACGAUUCUCCAACCAGCAUAUCCUGCUCCCUCCCUCGCAACAGGAUGGUCUGCCCAAUUGAUCGCUGGAAAUCUAACCAAACCCCGUACCAUUCUCUUCGAUACCAAUGGAGCUCUUCUGAUCUUGCAACAAGGAGUCGGUAUUGCUCAUAUAAAAUGGACUGAUGACGGGAGUACAUGUUUGCAGAAUCCAGUACAGACUGUCGUCGUUAGUUCUACUGUUCUCAACCAUGGAAUGGCUCUGAGCAACGAUGGGAAAAUUCUGUAUGCCUCGUCGAGCAACAAUGUAUAUGCGUGGAGCUACACAGCAGCCACCGGCACAGUAGGAAGCACAAAUCAAACCAUCGUAACAAACAUGACCAACGAUGAUGCCACCACCCGAUCCCUCCUCAUCAGUAAACUCAUUCCCAACCAACUCCUCAUCUCCCGCGGCACAUCCCUCAGCAUCGACACCGAAGCCGAAACCACAUCCACAGGCCACUGCCAACUAAAGUCCUUCAACCUCACCUCCACCCCCACCCCCUACAACUUCACCACCUCGGGCAAAUUGCUCGCCUCGGGCCUCCGCAACUCCGUCGGUCUCGCCGAAGAACCCCUCUUCGGCGGCAUCUACACGGUCGAAAAUGGCCCCGGAAACGUCACGCGCAAUAACACCGAUAUCCAUCUCUAUAAUCCUGGCGAAGAGCUGAAUUUCCACGGCUAUCUCAAUGGAAGUACGGUGAAUCAAGGAGCGAAUUAUGGAUACCCCUAUUGUUUCGCGGUGUGGAAUACGAGUGAUGUGGGGGGCGGGCUGGUGGUCGGGAAUCAGUUUAGCAUGUUGCAGAAUUCGACCAGUAAUGAUACUUGGUGUAAUGAUGCGGGGGCGCAUGUUGCGCCGAAGUUGACGUUCGCGGCGCAUUCGGCUCCGCUCGAUAUUAUAUUUUUGGCAAAUGGAACAGAAGCUUUUGUUAGUUUUCAUGGUAGUUUAGAAACCACCCCCCCAGUCGGCUACCGCAUCUCGACGCUUCUCUUCAACCCCGCCACCGGUCUCCCCUCUUCCCCUUCCACAUCCACCACCUCUACCACCGACAUCAUUACAAACUCCAACUCUUCCUUUUGCCCCGGUAAUUGUUUUAGACCGGUGGGUAUGGCACUGGAUACGCUGGGUAGAUUGUUUGUUAGUAGUGAUGCUACCGGUGAAAUUUGGGUGGUGGUUAAGACGGGGAGUGGGGGGAAGAAGGGUUAG